AUUAAGCAAGAGAUUAGAGAGCCAAUUUUAACUAAUUCUCAUAACUAACAGCUCGAUCGUCAGCGCUACGCACUCCUUUCAAAUUCGUGGGAAUGGUGGCAAGUAAAUGGAAAGCUUUUAAUUGUCUAUGGGUGAUUGCUCUUGCACUGGGAAUUAUAGGUGUACUAUGUGGGAUUAUUGCAGCAGUAAUCGGUCGUCGUUAUAGGAUACAGGUUCCAGAGGACGUUGCGCUUCAAUGUAAAAGACCGGGCUGGGCAGUAGUUCCGGCGUUAGCAUCUCACAUGUUGUCUGCUAUCAUUGCCGUUCUUCUUCGAGCAUCUGUUCCCGUUGCUAGUAAAUGUGUGCGGACGCUCUGGGUUAUUGCAAGGUACGUAGCGUAUUUAAUUGUCCCGCUCGGUUUCACUUGUGUGCGUGGUAAUGAUGUUUUUUUAUUGGACUCACUUCAUGCCAAAUCACAUGAGAUCA